AUGAUUGAGACCUAGAAACUAGUGCAUCGCAAAUUAUCUGUUUCGGGAUAUCCUCAGAAUGAGUUCUUUGUUCUGGAGAGUUUGAAGCUGAAGAUCACGAAAAAGAACUUCCCUUGCCAAUUGCAUCCAGGAAUAUCCAUCGACAUACCCAAAUAGAUUUAAAAGUUCUAUCGCAAGCGCUUCUUUCUGUUUAAAAAGUUCAAUGAGGGCAUAUAGUUAGAUGAGGAAUCUUGGUAUUCAGUGAUACCAGAGGAGAUGAGCAUUCAUAUAGCAAAUAAAUUGAAAGCCAGUUCUCCAGAUUCUGAUGUGAUCGAUGGGUUUUGUGGUUCUGGAGGUCUAGCAAUCCAAUUGGCGAAAUGUUUUAAAACAGUGAUUUGUAUAGAUAUUGAUCCCAUGUAAAAUACAAUAUUUAUUAAUUCAGCAAGAUCAAUAACAUUACCAAUAAUUUGUAAGUGUAUGAAUCCAUAGCAACCGUAAUCCUAGAUGAAUUUUCUCGAGUACACUCAUACCAAUUAAGAUUUCAUUCUCAUCAUGUGUCCACCUUGGGGUGGAUUGAACUACUCGCAUCAGCCCUAUGAUCUUAAUAGUAUGAAACCAUCUCUACAAGAUCUAUUGACCAAGGGACUGCAGAUGACUACCAAAAUAGUACUUCAAUUGCCCAAAAACAUCGACAUUCAGCAAUUGGGCAGUAUCUUCAAGGAUGUCACUGACAAACUCAGAUUAGAACUCAAACCUAUAGAAGUAGAGAUGAUGCUCAUCAAUGAGCAGAUCAAUUAAUUAAUUAUUUACUAUGGGUUAUGA